AGGGCACGAGGACUCUUGUCUCAGAUUCCGUGGUCGGGUUAUACCAACGAGACAGUCGCCGAUUUUAGGAUUUAACAAAAAACAACAAAUAAGAACCGAACCGGACGUCGAAAAGCAGCGGGGACGAUCGCGCAGGCACGUCUGCGCAGAUUUCGGAUCUUUUGCCAGCCAAAGUUUGCGCGGUGGUUAAAUGUUAAACUCGCGUCGUAUCAUCGUCGUGUCGUAAAGCUCGCGUCGUAUCAUCGUCGGGUCGCAGAGCUCGAUGGAGGGCAAAGGUAGCCGCCGUAAGGUCGUGGUUGUCGGGGACACGCAGUGUGGGAAGACCGCGCUGCUACACGUGUUCGCCAAGGACUCCUACCCAGAGAAUUACGUCCCCACCGUCUUCGAGAACUACACGGCCAGUUUUGAAAUCGACAAACAGCGGAUUGAGCUCAACAUGUGGGACACUUCAGGUUCCUCAUACUAUGACAAUGUUCGGCCGUUGGCCUAUCCAGACUCAGACGCUGUUCUCAUCUGCUUUGACAUCAGCCGACCAGAGACACUGGACAGCGUGGUGAAGAAGUGGCGGAGUGAGACACAGGAGUACUGCCCCAGUGCUAAGGUGGUGUUAGUGGGCUGCAAGCUGGACAUGAGGACAGACCUCCCCACCCUCCGAGAGCUGUCCAAACUCCGCCUCAUUCCAGUCACACAUGAACAGGGCACAGCUCUGGCCCGGCAAAUUGGCGCUGUGGCCUACGCAGAGUGCACGUCCAAGUUUUCAGAGAACAGUGUGCGGGAUGUGUUCCACAUCACCACAGUAGCAACAGUGGCACAGCUGCGACAGCCAGUGGGGUUGAAGCGCUCGGGUUCACGCCGCGGCCUCAAACGCACCUCACAGCAGCCACAGUGCGCCACCCUGCUGGACUGUCCGCCCACCACCAGGAAAGACCGCGCCAAAAGCUGCACACUCAUGUAGCCCAUGCGCAGAAGCGCCAUGCCCACGGGCUGAUCUGGGGUCAGGGCACAGGAUGCCAGGGCUCUCUGGGGCUUCUCGUCCGGUGGCUGUAGGAGCUGACCUCAGAUCAGUGCUCGCCAGCGUGUAGGGCCUGUCAAUGCACGCAACAACCUGGUGAACGGAAUGACAAAAUUAAAGGUGCACAUAUUUAUUGACUGGGACUACGCUAUUUUCUUGAUGUUUAUGGCUUUUUUGCACUUCUGAAGAGUUUCUGGUCUAAAGGACAAGUUUUUUUGCCCAUAUUACAUAUUUUUGUUUAUAUUAUUAUUAAUUUUUAUAUUUGGUUGAAUUAUUUGUGUAUGAAGCAAAGGUGUUCCAAAGUGGAUUUGUGGUUCCAGUUUUUGUAGGAGAUGUAAACGAUUGAAAUUACAAAGAUGAAACCAUAUGGAAUAUUGGUAGAGGCCUGGUCUGUGAUGUAACUUCCUAUUUUUAGAAAGUCUCCACUCUGAGAUUACUCAACUUUAAUUUUUUUUAUAAUAAGAUGAUCAUGGCACAAAAGAAAGGUAAUAGAUGUAUUAAAGAACUGAUCUUCAACAGUGAGGAGCACUUGUUACAGUCUAGCACUGGCUGCUGGGAAGGUUUCAGGUUUAAGAUGUAAAUGAGUGAAUGUAAUCCUAGAUAUGAGGAUUCACACCGAAGACCUGACUGGAUGAAAAACAGCUGGAUGGUGUUCGCUGACAUCAAGGUUUUAAAAACCUGUUGCGAUUAUGUAAGCAAUGUUUGUGUGAAUGAUGCUGAAAUAAACAAAAAAAC